UUAACCUAUCCAUACGUUUAAGGAGCAGUAAGCAGCGCAGAUGUCCUUGUUACGAUGCUCAAACGUUACAUAGAAGUAAAGAGGAAAGUCACGCACCGGUAGAUCCGAAACUAUUUCCCGCGAGAAAAACUACAUGCUGUUAUUUUAGCUAGCAGUGGCAUUUAUCUCAAUACUACAUAACUUAGCUUCUAGCUAUGAUUCCAGAUACGCGAGUCGGCGUUAGUUAUGUGUGCUUAGAUGUAACUGUUUAGCUGUGAAGUCAUUUGUGACCUGUCUACUGUUAUGUAUCCUGAAGUCACAUAUACACGUUAGUACCAUGGACAGAGAGUGUGUAUCGCUGCUGCCCAGUGUGUGUGAGGUGUUGGCUGACUCGGGGAGGUCUCUGCCCGAUGACACCAGCCUGGAGAAACUGUUGGACUGGUUCACAGGGAUCACCAAGGCUGAGGGAUCUCUGCUGAAGGCCUGUCCAUGUCUGCUUGAAUUCAUAUCCACUGUGGGUCACAGCACCGCUUUAGACCCCAGUGUCCUAUCCUUCGCUCUCAAACUCACUGGCUUACUGGCUGCCACCGAGGACGGCUUCAUAAAGCUUCAGGAAUGCUCUCUUCUGGAGCAGGUCUUUAACCUUCAGCACUGGCAAGACGCAGGACUCUGGGAGGAUCCCUGUUUACGUAUUGGCUGGAUCCACGGCUUAAAGAACUUGCUGCAGUGCCCUAAGGCUCUCAGUUUUUUUGUACAAUCAGAUUUCAUUGAACCGCUCCUACAACUCCAGACAGACUCAAGUCUAUUCGUUGCCUCGGCUGCCAAUCAGAUGCUCGCCCACAUCCUGCUCUUCUUUCAGCCAGUCUCAUCUGCAGGAUAUAACGCCAUAGAUGAGAAAGAAGAAGAAGAAGACGGUAGGACACGUACCGCCAUCACAGACUUGGGAACCAGCACACAGUACACUGCUGUUGUUGAGACGAUCACAGAGUACCUCAAGGAGUCGCUAGUUCCCAAAGGAAACAGACAGCUACAUCAGAGUCUGCAGAUCCUCAAACUGUUGGCCCUGCUCCUGGCCCAGGCCAGGCCUCCUCUCCGGGACAAGCUGCUUCAGACAGUCACAGAUUCUCUGGAGGAGCUGGUGACAGCAGGCUGCAGUGUACUCACACUGCCUCUGAUGGACGUCAUUCUGGCUGCAUACAGCAGCUCCGGCACUGAUGAACGUGUCCCAGACCAACGCGUCAGCCGUCUUCUGUCAUCCAUGUUGAACAUUAACAAACCUGCUGACCUCAUUCAUGCUGCAGCUGCUUUUCUUCGCAGAAGUCGGCACCAUGAUGCUGUCCACACAGCCCGGACUGUGAGAAUAUUGCUGCUACCCCUUGACAUUAUAACUGGUCAGACUCUACUGGGCACAAACACCACUGCAGGCGAGGAUUGGUUUUCAAUGAUAGAGCAGCUGAAGAGUAAAUCCUCCUGCGUCUCUGUGAUCUGCGUCUGUCUGACCAACACACCACAGAUCGCACUCAAGCCUUCUGGUGUCCUCCCCUGUUCUUCAGCUUUAAUUAUCACUGCAGUUCUGUCACUGUUAAGGAUCUGCAGUGGCGUCUCUUCCUCCUCAUCCACUGGUUGUAGUGAGGUCUGCAGGAAUGUAAUCGGCAGUGGCAAAGUUCAGAAAUGUGCUCUAGAGGCUCUGACAGCUCUCAGCAGCAGCCCAGGAGCAAAGGAGAAGAUCAGUGAAGUGUUCACAGUUCUGACACAAUAUCUGAACAGUCCUGAUUCUGACCCAACUGUACUGCACAAGUCUUACCAGGCCUUAGUAAAAUGGAUAAGUAUGUGCACAGACCUCUCCUUUAUGACAGACCAGCUCAGACAAGAUCUUGUCGAGGUAGUGGAGAAACGUGUGUGUGACAUGCGUUGGGAGGUGAGAGACUCGACGGUGGAGUUUCUGGGUCACCUGGCAGGCGUGCGUGUCUUGCUGAAGUCAGCCGACGAGGAGGUGUGUGACGCGUCUGAGGCUCUGCUGGGCGGCAGCUGUACAACUCCUCUCCUGAAGGAGGCACUGCAGGACACAGAGAGUUAUGUGAGAGCCAGCGCCGUCUCUGCACUGGCAAAGACACUGGCACACAGCUGGCAGCAGGGGGCAGCACUCGCUCUGGAGGAGACUGAAAUAGUGAGCCGGCUCCUUGAAAUCCUGUCCCAGGACACAGAGGGAUUCGCCAGGAGGGCUGUCGUACGAUACUUCAUCUCCUGGUUUUCUUCACACUCCUCACACUCUCCCCCAUCGUCAUCCUCUCUCCUGAUGCAGUGCGUACGCUCCGCCCUUUCACAUGGCAGUGCAGAUCUGGACUGGGAGGUCAAAGUUCACACGCUGGAGCUGGCUGAGCUGCUGCUGGAUGAAGCCUUUUUAGGUCAACGUGGUUACAGGAAGGGCUCAGACGCACGUCGUGCUUUACCGCAUCCCUAUGCUGUAGUUUCUGACCAGGCCUACACGCUUCACACACACUCCGGUGCACUCACAGAGGGUGGGGAGUCUGAUUUGGCCGGAGCAUUGAACAGUCUGGUCGAGCAGGGAGCCAUCUCAGCGUUGUUGAGUGGUCUGGUUGACUGCGAUAGGCCUGUAGGUCUGAAGGCCUGUCGACUGCUGAUAACACUCAGAGAGACAGUCUGCCCUCUUUCAAUAGGGGCAUCAGUUGCCAGGGUGUCCUGUGAACUGCCUGGCCAGGGCUGGGGACAGGAGAUCAGAAAGGUACUGGGGACGAAGAAGAGUGAUCAGGCCAGUGAGGCGGACAUCGCAGCACAGAGAAGGCUCAAUGGAGCAGACGAGAUUCAUUCUGAGGACUGUGGCGAGACUGGAGAGGAGGGUGAUAGUGCGAUUGUUAGUGUGUGUGAGGUGUUGAGGUCUCUGGAUUUAGAAGAGAUGCUCGAUGUCCUGACUCAAAGCAGCGACCACAUCCACAACUCUCCCCUCUCUCUACUGCAGGACAUUCUGACUGCAAGUGCUGCUCAUGCUAAUCCAGACACACAAACAGGGCAAGAGGUCAUAGUUGACUGCUACUGACACACAAACACACACAGACUUUAUGUUUGCUUGCUAUCAGAGAUGAACAGCACACUCUUAACUCAGGUUACAUUUGCCUCUGUGUUCUGAUAUUUUUGUGACUUGAGUAAAAGAUCAUUUGUCCUGAUUUUACUGAUUUAUACAUGUCUGUUGUUUCUAUAGUGGAACACAGCUCUGUGUGCAUUUGUGAACAUGUGAAGGUAUCUUGGAAAUGUCUUUAUAACCUGACGAUACCACAUUUGAGAUUUUUUUCUACAAUUCAUUACGUUAGCUCGCCAGGAUGAUUCAACUGUUGCCUUUUCUGUGGAUCCGCACACUGUCACACUUUGUCUACAGUGGCUGUGAAAUGGAUGACUAAAAAACGUAGUUGAAACAUGUCCUGUAAGAACGAAAGAGAAAAAUACCUUACUACCUUUUAUAUUUGAAAAUAAUCUAACAGAUACUUUGUUGGGACCUUUUUUCAGGUUUCGGUCAGGUAGCAGAACUCUUUCUCUAAACUCUUUCUUAUAUUACCAAGUUUUAUGUGACACAUUAACAGUUUUU